UUCUCCGCCUCUCCGUUGGUUUUCGUGACAGAGACAUACAAAAAGAAGAUGAAGCAAGAGGAGCAAGAGAGGGAAGAUUUGUAUCACACAGAUGACGAUGAGGACGAAGAAAGCCAAGCCCAUAGCUCUGUUCCGUCGACUCCUUUGUCUCGUAACGACUCCAAUAACGAUGCCGUUCCAUGGCCUCGGAGUUAUCGACAAUCUAUGGAUUUGUUGACUGGAGUUACACCUCCUAUUAGCACAAAUCUUGUGUCUUCAUUUCGAAAGCGGAGACAAAGCUCUGCUUUUGGUUCAUUUGCUUCUUCCUCAAGCAAACAGUCACUUCUCAUCGACAAAGAUGAGACUCAAAACUCGGUUGUAACAUCGAUCAAAUCAUUUAUUGAUUCUCACCUCAAGCUAUCAGUCCCGGAUGAUCUUUCGAUUCCACAAGAAAACCGCAAGUGCACUAUAUCUCAGUCCUUAUUAAACGGAAUCAAUGUUCUAUGCGGAGGAGCUUUACUUACAAUGCCUUAUGCAUUGAAAGAAGGAGGGUGGCUAGGGCUUCUCAUACUCUUCUCCUUUGGCAUCAUCACUCUCUACACAGGUAUUCUCCUCAAGAGAUGUCUCGAGAAUUCACCUGGAAUCCACACUUACCCGGACAUCGGUCAAGCUGCAUUCGGCACCACUGGACGCAUACUCCUCUCUAUAUUUCUCUACGCGGACUUAUACGCAACUUGUGUGGAAUACAUAAUAAUGAUGAGUGAUAAUAUGUCAGGGAUGUUCCCAAAUACCUCUUUAUACAUCGCUGGAAUCUCUGUAAACUCGAAUCAAGUUUUUGCCAUUACCACCACUCUUAUCGUUCUUCCGACUGUUUGGCUUAGAGACCUUAGCUUAUUGUCCUAUAUCUCAGCCGGAGGUGUAUUCUCUUCAAUCUUGCUAGCCCUUUGCCUCUUUUGGGUCGGAUCUGUAGGCGGAGUUGGAUUUCAACUUCAAGGACAAGUUCUUGAUUUAACUAACUUACCCGUUGCCAUCGGAAUUUAUGGGUUUGGUUUUGGGGGUCACGCUGUUUUACCCAACAUUUACUCAUCCAUGAAAGAGCCUUCCAAGUUUCCACUGGUGCUUCUCAUGAGUUUUGGGUUUUGCACGCUGUUUUAUAUCGCUAUAUCGGUUUGUGGAUACACGAUGUUUGGUGAGGCGAUACAAUCACAGUUCACGUUGAACAUGCCUCAACAUUUCACCUCAUCUAAAAUCGCGGUUUGGACAGCAGUUAUUACGCCAAUGACAAAAUACCCUUUAACGCUCACUCCAGUCUUGCUAAGCCUAGAAGAACUCUUACCUUCUUCGUCAAGAAAGAUGAGAUCCAAAGGUGUCUCUAUGCUUAUCAGAACCAUCUUAGUUCUCUCUACUUUGGUCGUCGCACUCACAGUCCCAUUCUUCGCUACUGUCGCGGCUCUGAUCGGAUCUUUCGUCGCGAUGCUUAUCGCGGUAAUAUUCCCAUGUCUCUGUUAUCUAAAGAUUAUGAAGGGUAGAUUAACUAACUUUCACAUGGCGAUUUGUAUACUCAUCAUUAUCGUCGGCGUUGUGAGCGGUUGCUGCGGAACUUACUCUGCUAUUGUCAGAUUAAUCGGCGAAAUGACUUGACUGGUUUUGCGGGAUAAGGAGCAUAUUCUUUCUUGAGAGAACUUCAACCAAGUUUUUAUUUUUUAAUAUUUGCUACUAGUUUUCUUUCAUCCAAGCUUUAUUUUACAGUGUCGGCUUAAGGUAUCUAUGGAUUAUAUACUAUAUUACGUUUUUUUAAAGGGUUUACUAUA